UUAAAGCGAUUCGGAAAUUUGACCUCGCCCCUGCUUGCGCUUGAGCUGCUGCUGCUGCUGCUGGAUGGANGCUCAACUCCUGGGUUCACGGCUAUGNGACGGUCCACUGCUCAAGCAACCGCACCGGCCCUGCGCAAUAACGGACGAUUCCUUUCUGCUUGUCUCAUCCGGCUUGAGGAAGAACCCGAUGGACGAACACGGACAGCGGGAAGUCCCUUGUUUCGUGUACACCACGGCAGGGUAGUUCGCAAGAUGACAGCGGACUUGGAACAAAGACAGGCACGAGACAUGAUCAAUGCUCAAGCGCGGCUGCACGUAAUGAUAACCCACCACUACGAGUGA